AUGGCCGUCUCCAACGCAAUCCAGGAUCUGUUUAGUAGCAUCUACGAGCUCCUCUCCUCCAUCUUCAACGCCUUCUAUCACGUUCUGCAGACCAUCUUCAACACCAUCAUCGGCUUCUUCACCGGUCUCGUCAACCUCAUUACCGACGUAUUCCAAGGCGCAAUCGAUGUCGUUGGCGGACUCGGAAAGUUUGUCUUAAGCAACUUCGUCAUCAUUGGCGUCAUCGCGGCCGGCGGCUAUGCCUACGUCCGGUACACCUCGCAAGGUCGACAGGUCGCUACCGGCAAGAAGACUGCCUAA